AUGCAGGCUCUCCUCAUCAUACCAUCCAUGGGCGACAUGGCAUCUGUCGUCAACGGAUUCACCCUCCCCGCCCCCGCCGCGCGCCUGAGCGGCGAAGACCUAUACGGCCUCGACCCGUACGACUACAACUUCUGCUACCCUGUCAACUUCCUCCAACUCGAGACCGACCGCGUCGCUCUCAUGCCCCUUGUGCCGCGCCUUCACGCUGAGCUCUACUUCGAGAGCGUCUGCAAGGACGCCGCGAUCGAGAAGUGGCUACACGUCCGGCACGAUACGCUCGAGCAAUUCCUUCAAAAUCUGGAAUCAUGGCGUCGUGACUCCAGUCAGCUCGUACUGGCCAUCGUCGACAAAGGAUGUGGCGAUGGCAGGGCGCUUGUCAACGUCCCUGGAGGCAGCUUCGCGGGAAUCAUAGGACUAAUCAAGACCUCGAUUGGGAACCUCUCGACAGAGAUGGGUCCUGUCAUCACCCUGCCCGAAUUCCAACGCACAUACGUUACAUCAAGUGCCAUCGGCCUCCUCCUGCGUUACUGCUUAGAGGUCCCAGCGAAAGGCGGUCUGGGGUUGCGUCGCGUCCAAUGGUCCGCCAAUGCGAAGAACAAGACGUCAGUGCGGUCCGCGGUUCGGAUGGGCUUCCAGCGCGAAGGGACGCUGCGCUGGGCGUUAUCUCUUUCAGACGAGACGAAGAUUGGCAACGGGCACGCUUUGCGGGAGGGAGACCCUCAGCCAAACUGGCCGGGCCGGGAUACCGAGGUGCUCUCGUUUUGCUCGGACGACUGGGAGGCGGGAGGACGCGAGCGCGUUCAAGCUCUAGUAGAUCGUCGAUAA